AUGAAGGAGUCGGACCAGACCAAGGAGAACCCCCUGACUUGGGAUUUCGACCAAUCUUUCGGUUCUUUCCUAAAACCGGCGGCACGUCUUUGUUUAGACACCUUGGACUUUUCGGAUCUCUGGGAUGAAGAAGAAAGCACUGAAGAUGAGGGAACCAGUUCAACCAGUGAAUCUCCAACAUGCCUCAAAGCCCCCCCAGCGCCGCCUCCUCUACCUCCCCCUCUUCCACCUGCCUCACCUUUACCCAACAAAGGUUCGACCACCAAAUGUCGCACCUUAAAGCUCCAUUGGAGGGAGUUGCAGAGUUUGGCUCCCCUUCCUAGGAUGACUCGGUUUGGGACUCAGACUAUUUGGGCCGGACUUGAGCCAGUUCAUGUGGAUACAAACCGGUUGGAGUACUUGUUUGAAUCGAAGGGUGGUACCACAAGUUUUAGCUUGGUUUCUGGGAGGCAGGUAAGUCCAAUGAGACAAGAUGAUGCUUCAAGAAUACGGUGGGAUUGGGUUGUCUUUACUAUUGUGUUGUAUUGUGUGAUGAAACUCUUAGCAAUGACCGUUUUAUCUUGGUCUUUAAAGGAGUACCACUUUGAUAGAGGCUUUAGACCCUAAAAAUGUACCACGAUAUAUUUAGUCAACAGACUUUCUCUGGUUCCUCCCUGUUUCCUAACAGAAGCAGCCCUCCAUCUCUGUGUUGGGGAUGAAAAGGAGCAACAUCAUAACCAUCGCCUUAAGCAGUCUGCCACCUCCCCGCCUCCUCCCCCCUACCAUCUACAGCAUGGACAGCAGUGUGCUGGACAGAGAGGACGUCCAGGUACAGUAGAGGUCAUGUCCUGCAGAAUCUAAGCUGAGUCCAGGACAGAUGUGAGACGAAUAAUUCAGUUUGUAUACAGGUACAUCUAUUUUCAUUUUCCUCUUCUCAAACAGCGUCUUCAAGCACUUAUCCCGACAGAGGAGGAACUUAUUCUGAUCAAGGAGGCCAAAGCCCAGAACCCUAAGUGCCCUCUGGCCUCGGCUGAGCUUUGCCUCCUCACUUUGGGUGAAAUCCCUCAUCUGGACACCAGGCUUCGACUGUGGUCCUUCGCACUGGACUACGACUCCUUGGAAAGGGUAUGUGCGAAUACUGCGAGUUUAAGGUGGAAACUUCAAUACUUAGUAAUAAGUUUGAACAUUAGCAGGGCAAUUCGCCACCUUGGCCCCGCCUCCUCCAGCUCAUCAUGAAGAGAUCUGUAGUUCUGGUGUUGUUUUGGUGAUAAGAGAUCCUGCAAAUCUUUCCUGUCACCAAAUAUGCCAGACCACCAGACCAAAAAUACAGCAUGGCUGUAACUCAUGAGUCACUCCUCUGUCCUCUAAAUGUGUCUCUCCUCUCAACAGGAAAUUGCUGAGCCUCUUUUCCAUCUGAAGCUGGCCAUGGAGCAGCUCUCAGCCAGCCAGACUUUUAGAUGUAUUCUCGCCACGGUUUUAGCCAUCGGUAACUUUCUUAAUGGAUGUAAGGUGAGUGUGUUUUCACCCCUGUCUUUGUCAAACAUUUUUACAUAACUACAUAACUGUGAGUUUCAGUGAUUUCAAAAUGAAUCUGGAUGUACCCAGGCCCGAGGUUUUGAGCUGAGUUACCUUGGGAAGGUGUCCCAGGUGAGGGAUACACACUCUCGUCAGCCCCUGCUGCACCACGUUUGCUUGCUCCUGAUGCAGCUCUACCCCCAAUCGUCUGACCUCUACUCUGACAUCACUGCUGUUACGAAAGCUGGCAAGGUGCGUAGUCUGGCUGCAGGAAGGUGUAUUUGUGCUGUGCCUGAGUCUGAAGUAGAACUGUUGAAUCUAGCAAACGACAACUGUGACGAGAGCAAACUCAUUCUCGAAAUUAGGAGGUUUAACAACAUCAAACUAGCAAAGAUACUUUCUUAUCUGUCCAGUGCGACUACUCCCUCGUCCAGACAAAUAUGACCCAGCUAGAAGCCCUCUGCAAAGCAUCAUGGGACCAGCUCAAGAUUUUGGACAAGGCAGACAAGAAGAAAGGUGGAAAGGUGGAUAAGAGGAAAGACGAGGCCUUGGGGGCAGACGGUAUGCUCCGCAACAGGUUGCCAAAGAUUCUGAAAGAGUGCGAGGAGAGGCUGAAGGUCUUGAGGGCGGUCCAUCGUCGAGUCGUCAACAGGUUGGUUAACUUUGAUUGGUGUCACGAUCAAAUGAUGCACUGUGGGCUAAGCUUGCCCGGACUAACACUGCUCUUGUUAAAAAGUUUGGUUAUGAAGUUAAAAAUGCGUGUUGUGUUUGUCUCUCCAGGUUCCACUCCUUCCUCUUAUUUCUAGGUUACUCUCGGUCCAUGGUGCGAGACACCAAAGCAGAGGACUUCUGUAAAACCAUCAGUAACUUCUCUUUGGAGUACAGGACAACACGGCAGUCCAUCCUCCUGCAGAGAGAGCGGGAACGACAGAAAAGUGGAGCAGAAAGUCCAGGGCCGAACACUCCUUCGGCUAGAAGAAAACGCCAACAAACACCAGCUCACCAGGUUCCCAUUUCACAUCCUCUUCAAAUUCUUUCUGCACCAAGUGAAAGACUGCUCUCGUUAACAUGCUACUUGUUGAUCAAACAGGAAAAUGAGGAGCAGUGUAGGCUUGAGGAGGUGCUGAGGACACCUGAGUCCAUCCCAAGACAUGACGCUACCUUGCCCCGGAACCGACGGAGGAUGGCGGAUAUUCAAGGUAUUGAAGUAGAUGUAUAAGUUUGAACAAAACUUCAACCAUCACUGUACAAACCAGCUGUAAUUAGUCAUUGUUUUUUACAGGUACAUUUUCCAGACUGAAGUGGUGAACCUGCUGAUUCUGCCUUGGAACCAAUUUUGUCGCCGGACAAAAAGUUGAUUUAUGUGAGUUUUGUAAAAGCCACAUCCAUGUUGCACUAUGUUUAUCAGUAAAAAUUGACAAAUUUGUGACAUUACACAUGCCAUUCUACUUUAAUUACGUUUUAGAUGUAAAGAUGUAUUAAAAAUGUUUGACCAAAUUAAAUAAAAUGACAUGAACAGUCAACUGUGUGAAAUGUUUACUGUUUCCAAGCUUUAAUCAUGCCUCCUCGCUGGGUGAAGCCACUCCGAGAACAGCACCCUCUGGUGACAGACUGCAGUAUAGGUCAUAAAUCCUGCCUCCACCAGCCAAGCUUAUAGGACUGUGAACAAACGUAAGAAAUUUAUUAAACAGAAUAAAUGCUUGCAGUGUUGACAUGUAGUUACAGUAAGACUGAUUGGUGCUCAAGUCCUCUUUUUUUCUGUACAGCUCUGUUUUUUUAAAGUUAUCAGAGGGGGUUAUGUUUUCUAUGAUUGACACUUGAUACAGCCUAUGGGUGUGCGAAGAUUGCAUAGCUCACCUAGGCCGUGGUUUGAGCCGAGUCAUCACAGCGACUCUCCCACCGAAUGCACACAAUGCUACUGCGCAAUGUUGGUUUCAGGAAAUGGAGAGAAAAGGCGUAAUUACCUAGAGCUUUUUGGCUUCAAAUCCGUAGUCAAAUUGUCCAUAUGUAAAGUCUAUGUGGAUGACAUCUGUCAUUGCGCUAGAUUUUUACUUUUGGAGGAUUUCAUUGGCGUACAACUGUCCCCUGUCUCCCCUACUUUCUGUAGCAGUUUAAAAUUAAGCUAACUUUCAGUUCGUCCCUCUAAAUGACUCCAUUAAGUUAUAAUCUAGUGCUGCUUUGUUUCCCAGUAAUGUCACACCCCAACUAACAUCGGGAACUGUUAAAAAAAAGCCUUGUACAUAAUGACACUACACGUUAUUUUCCCCAAACGUUAUCUUCCGCGCUUUUAAACCGAGCGUUUACGUUUAAUCCUGUAAACAGCAGCUUUGUGUGACCAUUCACAAGUCAAAAACCCACACAGCUUUGUUAUUUAAAGUUUUUGGAGCUGAUUUAUUCAAAUACAAUCGUACGGGGAACGUAAAUCUCUCUUUAAGCAAUCGAGUUCACUUGAAGAAUAGCGUCACCAAUGCGGAAGGACUAACAGGCGAUUCUACCAAUCCCCGGAGAGCACAGCCACACGAGGCUGAGUCAGUAACCAAUCAGAAUGCGGAAAGACUAAAAUGGGCGGGAGUUUUCUGUUGUGUGUACAAGUCGACGCCAUUUCGUGUCUGCUGGUUUCAAGGUGAUACAAUCAGCCUGCAGAGCCGUAAGCGGAUCUUUCCCCUCUCAAGUAAAAUCUGCGCUGAAUUUUACUCAUUUUUAGUAUUUAGCUCCUGGUGAGUAUUUUCAACCGAGAGAUUUUUCCACAUUUUUAUUUUUUUCCAGACUUUGAAGCGUCUUUUGGACUUUUUGUUUUUUAUUUUUUAUGCAUUUUUCCUGCUGAUAUUCCCUGAGACUGUGUUUGGGUUUUAGUGGCGUACAUUUUGUGAUGGCAGGAUGAGCUGCACAGAAACUAGUUUUUAAGUAGCUUUUUUCUUUUUUUUUUUUUUCUUUUGGUUUUUAAUAAGACAUUUGACAUCAUCUAUUUUUUCAGGGCUGCUGUGUUGCCGAAGUAUUUAUCUGGUUGUGUAUUUUUUGAGGAGAAAUGGUGGGGAAUUGUUCCAGUCUUUCCAGAUCCAGUCUCUCUUUUUCUGGACUUGUGUUCUCAGGAGGUUUUUUAUUCUCGUCCCCACCUGUAACUUGACUUGCAGUGGUUGAAAAUGACUCAUGAGCCGUGUUUUUGCUGUUUUCUUUGUGAUUUUGGCAGAGCUGUGACAGUUUAUUUUCUGCAGCAGAUCUCUCAGGAGUGAUGUGAUUUUUCAGGCAAGAUUUUUCCACCUUAAUGACAAGUGGGUGUGUUUUUGAAGGGACAAUAUCACAACAGUGUUUUGAUGUGUUUUGGACCUUGGAUUUCAGUGUUAGUCUGACCUAGAUUGUGCACUAAGUCCUUCUGAUUGACCGUGAUUUGAUUUAUUUUGCGUCCCGGAGCUGCUUAGACCAGGGAGGAGGCCUGAAGAGGGGCCUGCAGGGAGCUCUAACAAGGCUACCUGAUUCAAAGUGUGCAAUAAUUUCCAGUAUUACCCAUAUUAUAGCUUACUUAAUACAUGUCUGUGAAUUUUACAGGUUUGCAAGAGGCAGGAGGACAUAAUAGUAAUCCUGUAGUUGACAGUGGCCCCUAAAGCAGCAAGAUUCAUGCUGUGGCCCCCCUUUAAACUCUCCCCCAUCGAUGUCCUUGAGCAUGCAGCCCUCUGGCUCCAGAAGAGCUGAUCUGCAGCUGUCCCUUUAUCCUGGGCCCCAAAGUAAAGAGGCCAGACUAGCACUAAAUCAAGCCUUCAGUGUUGGAUAUCAACUUUUUGCUCAGGUAUAAUCCAUAAUAUGAUAAUACCAUCCAUGUAGGGCGACCUAGACUUCCUAGAAAGGUAUCUUAUUUACAAUAGUGUGAAUAUGACCCUUGAGCAACAAGUCAGGCAACAUUAAACCUAACUUUAUAAUUUGAGAGCAAGUGAACAAACUAAAGUUUUCCAAACUUUGUAACUGGGAUGGGCCCAUAUUCACCACACUUACUUGAUAACUGGACCAUUAGGGAUUGUAUUUGUAUUGAAAAUAUUAAAACCAAACCAGAAUUUUUGGGCUCAAUAUUUUGUAAAAUAGUCUUUAUUCUGAUAUUGUUACCAAUUAUUUGCUUCUUACAGCCAAAAAAUCUUAUCAUUUACUGAAUAAAUCACAUGAAAUUAAUGAAUCACAGAAAAUUCAACUUGAGACUUGGAAAAAAAGUUCCAGAAGUCAGCUCUAAUAGGCUGAAAACGUAAAAUAUUUUUUGGACUGCUAGGCCCGAAGGAUUGAUUGAAUAUUAUUUUGAGAAUUUGGUCGAUAUUUUUGAUUAAAAAAAAAAAAAACAUUGGAGAUUUAAAUUUUUGUUCAAAGUCAUUUUCCCACAAAAUUUAAGUUGAAGUGAAAUCAUUUUCACAGAAUAGCCGUAAAGUCGUACAGUCAUCAUCAAAUAGUCGUUAAUAAAGUCAGAGAUGUUAACCUCCUAGUAUUAUGACUGAAGUAUUAUUUUUGUAACAUUAGCACUUUGUUUUGAACGUAAAGUUACGACUUGAUUCUUCUGAGAAAAUGAUUUUGCUACAACUUCAUUCUCGCUAAAUGAUGACCUUGUUUCCGUAAAAUUAUGACCAAACCAGACUUAUUUAUGCGACAGUAUCCUUUGAUCUUGUGAUGUCACGUCUUGAUUUUCUUGCGACAUUGAUCUCCUGAGAAAACGACCUUUCUCGGUUUGGCAAAAAAAGAACCAAAGCUGAAUCGGUUUUGCGUAAGGCUCCAUUAUGAUGAAAUGACCUCAUUGAUUUUUUUGUUUUUGCUCUAGCUUUGCUGCCUUGUUCUCAUUUUAAUGAAGAAAUCUUUUUUUAUAUUCUUGGUUUCAUGGUUUUAAGAAGCUCCUCUUUUCUAAUACCACGUUUUUGUUUCCCCUUGUUUAGUUUUCAAGCCACUUUUUUGAACAGCUGCAAAUCGUAAGUUGGUCUCAACCUCUUUCUUUUUUUUCCCCCCUCAACUUUUUUAUUUUUACAUUCCACUUUUUUUUUUCUCCUUUGUGAUUUAGCCCCCCUUUUUCUCACCCUUUUGGAUCUUCUAGCAAACAGCAUGUAGUGUUUUUAAUUUUUUCUUUUUUUUUUUUUUAUGCCGUGAAAGUAGAAAAUCAAGAGAUUAAUUUUCAUAAUCUUCAAACUGACACUAAAACGGCCUCUCAUACAACUUCACUCAUGUUCCCAGUUUAUGCAUAAUGUUCAGUGUUGAUAACAAGACUCUUGAUUUAGUAACAAACUGCUGAAUAACACUCCAGAAAAAAAGCAAAGUACCACUGAUUUUUUGCUGCCUUUGCUUCCUAAUGUGUGUUUUUUUCUUUGUAAGUUUGCAUGUCCUGUUACUAAGUUGAAUCUGGUCAACAAGAACUUUGUUUGUUUGCCCAUUAAAUCAGACCCUCUCAACUUUAACACUAAUACUGAAUUGGUUUGUUUUUUUGUUAUUGGACAAAACCUACAAAUCAAUUUCUAAAGACACAGAGGGUUAAAUUUUGCACACUUGUUAAAUUAUUGAUAUCUUCAUUUUUCCUCCUUCAAUCUGUUAUGAACUUUAUUCAACUGCAGAUUCAUCUCAACCGACUGAAACAUCCCCCGCCUCCUCAUUUGGUCUCAUCUUUCCUCAAAUAUGAGUCCCAUGAGCAGAAGUUGCAGAUUUUGCUUUUUAUUUUUCACUUUUUACAGUCAAAGCACAAACAUUGAACCAACACUCACUCAGAAAGACAAGCUGACAUAAUGAGCCCAGUAAAGUUCCUGAUAACCUGAUAACACAUUCAAUAAAGCCCAGAUGAGGCAGAUGAUUGGAAAGCUUACAGAAAAAUGAGCAGAAAUGUUUUGACAUUAGGGUGGAAAACAAAUGCAUUCAGUCAUACAUGAUUACUUCGUGUUAGACAGCACAUUUGGGAAGCUCAUACUGCUAGAUGAUUCAACUGUCCGGCCUGAUUUCACUGAAAGAAGUUGCAAAAAUAAAUAAAAAAAUAACGACCUGCUAAGUAGUACAGUAACUUAAGUUUGUCAGGGAUGUAACAAUCUUAAUUUUGCACUCUGAAAAUCGCAAAAUCAACAUUAAGCACAUGGGUGUGUCCAGACAUUUUGGACUAGGGGUGGCCCAGCCCUGACAGUGACUUACAAAGAUGUGUAAAGAAGUAUGAUUAAUCAAUAUCUUUUACUAGCAUGAUGGUAAUCUUGCAAAGAUGUUAUAAAGCUAUAAGUCAUUUCAUCAUGACCUUUGUAAAUAAAAAACAACAACCUAGGAAUACCCAUUAGUUUGGGAUUCAGAGGUGCAGCCAAUCUGAAAUAAGGAGAUUCCUUAAGUGUUCUUAAACCUCCUGUGAGCGUUUUCUGAAAGUUCAUGAAACAGACUGAAAUAAACAGCAGUGCGUCUCUAUGGCACUCAAAAGUAAAUGAGACUACCAAUGACAUAAAUAAAAGUUCCUAUAUUGUCAUUUUAAUGCCUGUGAGCGUUUUCUGAAAGUUCAUGAAACAGACUGAAAUAAACAGCAGUGCGUCUCUAUGGCACUCAAAAGUAAAUGAGACUACCAAUGACAUAAAUAAAAGUUCCUAUAUUGUCAUUUUAAUGCCUGUAGCUGAUUUGAGGGGGUAGAUACGCUAAGGUAACAACCGAGACCUAAUGAUGCUGUGACAGCAACGCUGUGAUUGAGUUUGAGACAGUGAAAAUACAUAUGGUAUGUUGUAUCUGAACAGGUUAGCUUAUGUGCUAAAGUUACUUAGCACAGAUGAAAGUUAAAACAAAGACGUUUAGCAAACUUAAAGCUCCGGUGUGGAACUUUGUGUUUGAUGAUGUGGCGCCCCCUUGUGGAGAUUUGAAAUUCGUGUUCUUUUACUAAAAAAAUCUCUUUACUCAUUGGACAGUUAUGCUGUAGGAUGUCAAAAUAGCCUCUUUAUGUAGAUGAUGGACUGAAAUGACACCUACCCCCUGCCAGCUGUUUCAGGUAUCAGAAAUUACUAUAUAUGAAAAAAAUCACUCUUUAUUACUGAUGGUCUCUUUUGCUUUUAUGGGUCAUAACGAGGCAUUAUCAUUAACUUUAAUCUGUUUCAUAACCACAUAAAAACUCCUCAUAGGAGCUUUAAAUCACUGCAAAAACACUCAACACACCAUUUUCCAAGUUUGGAGAUGCACCUGCAUACAGUGAAAUUCAUCAACUAAUAAAACAUGAUACACAUGCUAAAUUCGACUCCCUCCAUUGUUAGCGUUCAAGGUCACAAAUCUGUCACAUGUUAUUCAUAGCAGGACUAGAGGAAUCCUCUGUCCUUGGGCAUUAAUCGGUAUAAAUAAACUGAAGACACAGUCCUGAUGAUAUGUAGGUGUUUCUGUUAUUUUUACCCACAUGCUGUAAAAUUAACAGCAAAUCCUCCAUCCAAAGUUUACUCUCCCUCUGCCCAACAGCAAAGCCACUCCGCUGGUGUGAAAAUCACACCGGGUGCUCGUGCAUAAACCCUGGAUUUUCCUGUUGAACCCCGACACGCCACAAAGACUUAGAAACAUUCGCUAAGCGGCCUGUGAUAGUACCCCCCGCCCCCCUGAUGCUGCGGACACCCUGUCAGCCUGCCAAAGCAAUAGAAAACAUGCCGGCCAAAUCAUGUAGAGGAGAGCAGCGCAUUAAGCUUUGGCCAGACAGCCUGCUGCAAACCAUGUAAUCCCCUGCUGGUAGCUACCGAGCGGGGAGGGACAGGCUGCUGCUGCUGCUGCUGCUAGUAGUCACAGUGAAGCCCAGCUGGCAGCUGUGUGGUGUCCUGGCAGGUGAGAUAUGACUGGGGAGGCUCAUGUGGUUGAUAAUUAGAUGAACCACUUACAGAGAAAACAAAAACGGUCAAUGGGGAAAGCCAAUGUUUCGCUAAAAUGAGGUUUAAUAAACAAAAUACGACAAUACGACAUAUCUGAGGCUUCACAAUCAUCAUUUUCAAGCACUAGCAAGUUGUUUCAUGUGAAUAUUAAAUAAAAGUAUCUGUGUCAGUGCUGGAGGGUCUGCUUGUCUACAAUCGUUUCCCCCCCCUGCAAUGUUAUAUAACUUUGCAGUGUUUGCAACUAAAGCAGCAGCAGCGACAGUCUGGCUCUCAUAUUAAAGCUGACACACUUAACGCUGCUAAUUGUACGACGGGCUGAUGUUACCAGCUUGUGUAACUGCUGCUUCGUGCCGCCUGUGCAGAGAGAGCAGAGGGAACUUGAGCAAAUUGUAAAAGCCCAUCAAUGUACAUCUACCUUUAAUGGCCAUAAAUGCUGACAGGAAUGACAAUAAUAUACAGCCAAGGUCAGAAUCAAACAGAGGACACUGCAGUUAUAAAGUAGAGCCUGACUGAUAUUUAAAUAAGCCGAUAUUAUCAAGCCAAUACGGACCCCUCACAGCUACAUCUGUAUAAGUGCAUUUGAGCCCAUACGGUAUCCAACAUCUGCAGAAAUGUACCUUUUUUAACUAGUUGAGAAACAGAAACUGAUGCUGAAACAAACAAACAGAACCAUCAGGAACAAGGCCGAUAAUUUUGCGAUAAUUUUUAAUGCUUCAAACUAAUUAGAUGAUUGUCAGCAGGUCCUUUUUCACAUUAUUACAUGUCUGUUAGAGGCCACAAGAUGAGGUUUUUGCCUGAUAAUAUUGCUUUCACAUGACAGGAUAAGAGAUAUAAGGUUUGCACUAAGAUAGCUUGCUAGUUGUUACGUUUAGUUAAAUGUUAGCACCAUUUUUCGUCACUAUACUAAGAGGGAAUGAAUUCGCUAACUAUGCUAGUUUUUAAUUCGCCACUUGCUUCAUAGUAUAUAGAAUUCUUUUCUUAUUUCUGUUUAAUCAUGAAGACCCUUUAUUUGCAUGUGCACGAUGUCUUCUACGAUGUUUGACAUUACAGUAUAGUUUUACUUUACUGCCACCUACUGGUCUGGCAUGCUCGUGCCUUUUCAAUGAUUUGGAGUUUGUGUUGUAUUGAAAAGUACUUAGAUAUUCUUGAGACUGUUUCGUCAUAAUAACAAACCAUUUAUCCCACAGGUUUUUACGGCUUCCUCCAUUUUUCAAACAUUUAUCCACCACUUCCUGUCCAGCCCUCUCUUUCCCAUUUUGAGUAAUUUUUAAAUUUACCCAAAGUCAAACUGAUUAGAUAAUCAAGAACAAGCUUUUGAAAAAAAAAACGUCCUUUUUCACAUUUUUAAUGGCAAAUUCUCGCAAUGAGCAGUACAUGUCUCCAGAUGUGGUUUUUGCCUGAUAUAAGCACUUUAACCUAAACAGGAUAAGAGAUAUGAGGUUUGCGCUAAGAUAGCGGGCUAGUUGUUACGUUAAGUUAGAUGUUAGCACCGUUUUUCAUCACUAUACUAAGAGAAAAUAAAUUCGCUAACUACGCUAGUUUUAAAUUCACCACUUGCUUUAUAGUAUAUAGAACUCUUUUCUAAUUUCUGCUUACUCAUGAAGACCCUUUAUUUGCAUGUGCACGAUGUCUUCUAUGAUGUUUGACAUUACAGCAUAGUUUCAUAUUACUGCCAUCUACUGGUCUGGCAUGCUAGCUUGAGCCUUUUCAACCAUUUCACGGUUGUUUUAUAUUGAAUAGUACUCAGAUAUUCUUGAGACUGUGGAAAAAGUAAUAGAGGCUUAAACUUCAUGAUAAUGUACUUUCUUGUUUCGUCAUAAUAACGAAUCAUUUAUCCCACAGGUUUUUACGGCUUCCUCCAUUUUUCAAACAUUUAUCCACCACUUCCUGCCCAGCCCUCUCUUUCCCCUUUUGAGUACUUUUUGAGUUUACCCAGAGGAAGGAGAUAUUACAGACAAAAAAAACUACAUUUUUGGAGACGUAGAUGUUUCCCACUUCUCAUAGUAUGCCGACGACCCUCUUCUCUCCAACAGAGUCAGACUCAGGCAGGCAGACCUCCACCGAGCCGAAUACAAACACAAUGGAGUGAGUUCUGACUGCUAUAUGACCCAGUUACUCUAUCUUUCCAUUAUGCUGUCUGAUAUCUUCACUUCUGUACGCCCUGUCUCUGAAGUUAAGCAGUAGGAGUUACAGUUUGAUUUUCAUUUGUUUUAUAUGAUUUUAGCCUUUUACCUCUGUUUGGACAAAUUAGUCAUGCACAUCAUUUCAUAAUUACCGUUUUCCCACCUCUUCUUGUCACCCUAACUCACCUUAAAAUGUCAUCAUCAUUGUCUCUUUGUUUUCUUCUCCUCUUCCCGUCUCUCCAGCAGUUGGUCGUCGUCCUCUUCCAGCCUCAUGUCGAGCAGCAACGUCACUAACAAGACGGACCCUCGCUCCCUCAACUCCCGUGUCUUUAUCGGCAACCUCAACACCCUGCUGGUCACCAAGGCCGAUGUGGAGGCCAUUUUCUCCAAGUACGGCAAAGUGGUCGGCUGCUCCGUCCACAAAGGUUACGCCUUCGUCCAGUAUUCCAACGAGAGGAACGCGCGGGCCGCUGUGGCCGGAGAGGACGGACGUAUGAUCGUGGGACAGGUGUUAGGUGAGCUCAAAUAAAAAUGAAAAGCUUAAGGAAGUUACACACAGAAGUUGAAGUGGCACUCCUGUGUGGUCAUCUUAAACAAAAAACCAUGAUUGGGUCAUUACCUCUGACUCUGAGGGGAAAAUGUUCUGAGCAACAGCGUUUCCAGACCCACAUGGUGGCAAAAAAAUGAAUAUGAGCAGGCUGAUUGGUCUGGCAACACAGAGCUAGAUCGCAUGGUCAUGUGCUUACUUUGUAUUUUGUGUAAAAUAAAAAAGAAGUAGUUAUUUUCUAAGUCGUAGAGUUAAGCUAACUAGCUUCAGCUUCAAGUGACACAUUUACAAGUGAGUGUUUUGUUUAUGAUGCAUCAAGGAAAGGUCAAAGAAAUCACUGUUGCUUUUAGAAAGAAGUAAACAAAACACAUUAAAGAGAACAUCAAAGAUAUCAGAGAACCUAUGAUGAUCAAGGAAAUCAGAGAACUUUAGUAAGAUCUGAGAAAUCAGUGAACUUCUAAAAAUCAGAGAAAUCAGUGAAAUUCUAAAAGAUAAGAGAAAUCAAAGCACAUUAAAAAAGAUUAGAGAAAUCAGUGAGAUUCUAAAAGAUCAAAGAAAUCAGUGAACUUAAAAAAGAACUUCAACUUUUAAAGGUCAAUUUAAGUCACAGCUUUGAAACCUUUCUUUGUUUUGAGCUGCUUUGCUGCCCUCUAGUGUUACAAACCAAGAACUUUAAAAAAUACUGAGAAGGACUUUAAAACAUUGAGUUAUAUAGUUUUGAGAAUCCUCGUCAUUCCUUGUGCUCUAUGCAGGCUGAAAUGAAUCUGAGUCACCUUUACUUGACCUUUGUGUGUUUGUCUUCCUGCAGACAUUAACCUGGCGGGUGAGCCGAAACCUCACAGGUCGAAGACAGUGAAGCGCUCUGCAGGAGACAUGUACAGGUGUGCUAAAUUUACAAGUGCUUCAACAUAAGAAUUACAAGUGCAGUAGUUUUACAUACAGACAGGCCUUGUAAAGCUUGAGAAGAGAUGUUUCCUAACUCAUCCUUCUACCUUGUCUCCACAGCUCAUCUGUUGAUUUGGACUAUGACUUCCAAAGAGAUUACUAUGAUAGGUAAACUGUCAUUUUAAAAAAACACUGUUUCAUCAUUAUACCUUCUCGUUACUGCUCCUGAACCCUGUAUUUGUGUGUAUUUGUAUCUCAGGAUGUACUCUUACCAGUCCCGUGUCCCUCCUCCUCCGCCUCUAUCCCGGGCCGUCAUUCCCUCCAAGCGUGCACGGGUCAGUUUGAGCGGAGGGGGGAGCCGGCGGACUAAAACCAGCUUCUCCUCCUCCAAGAGCAGCCAGAAGACUUCCCGUACGAGUAGGUACCACGAACAUACAGCUGUCCUAAACUGCCGAAUCACAAUUAGUGAUGUUUUUUUUUUUCCCUCCUGAAUAUAGUGAAGGCGGAUGAUCUGCAGACCAUCAAGAGAGAGCUGACACAGAUCAAACACAAGGUGGACUACCUGCUGGAGAGUCUAGAGCGCAUGGAGAAGGACCACAGCAAGAAGUCAGGUGGGUACAGAUGGAUCAUAGAACUGCAGAGAUUAUACAAGGUAUAAAAAAACAACAACAAAAACAAUCUCAUCAGCCACCGUCUCUUGUCUCGUCUAAUUUAGAGUUCCACUCUCUAACCUCUUGUUUCAUUCAUUCAGAGCUGAAAGGCAUCAAAUCAGAACCCGGCGAGCUGUCCUCCCUCAACUCGUCCAACUCGAGCAAGAAAGACGACAGCCUGAAACGGGACAGAGAGAGCCAGGACUCCGAGGAGGACGAGGAGGGGGAUCUGCUGGAGGACGAAGAUGAGGUGAGAAGUUGAAGAGUCAAGGUGUAAGACAGAAUCACAGUGAGUUUUUGUGUGAUUAGGAGUUUCGACCACAUGGCUGAUGACUGGAUGAUGACUCUUCCCUUUCCUCCAUUGGACUGAAAAUAUAGUUUUUCAGGUUUUCUGCGAAUUUUUCCGCAAUAAUUUGUCAUCAUGAAUAUUUCUGACCUUGAUACCAUUCAGGCUCCAAAAUCUCGGAUUUGUAAACAGUUUAUAAAAAGUCGUGUUCCACCUGCUUCGCUCUUCAUAUUGGCUUCUUUCCACUUCUCAGAUGAAAAGCAGACUGCGAGACGAGGAAGACGAGGAGGAAGAGGGCGAGCAGGAAGAGGGAGAGGACGACGGCGACAGCGCCAACGGAGACGACUCCUAA